AAUUCAAGAGGGAAGGGAAGAACACGCACAUUGCUACUCGUCUGGGUAUAUACCACACAGCAGCGACUACUCACAACCAUACACCAUCGCAACGAGACCGCCCUCUCACGCGACCUUCUCGACAAGCUCUAUUCAAUACUCGAUAUCUCCACCCAACAUGGCCAAGGUCUCCUUCAAUGAAGUCGCCCAGACAAUCCUCGAAGAAGCCCUCCAAGUCAUAAUCCACAACAUCGUAAUCCACCGCCACCGCGAACACAAAAUGCUCCUCGCCUCCCUCGACCCCACCACCAAACUGCCCCACUGCUCCGACUGCAACCUCCCUCGCCUCCUCGACCCUCCUCUCGCGCCCAAAGUCCGCGGCGCAACCUCCGACCCUCCAGCCAAUACAACCUACUGCGACCGCAAACCCUGGAUCCGCCGCCCGGGCCACGACAUCUACGGCAACCCCUUCCUCAAGUCCGACGUCACGGGUCGUCCGUUGACGAAGAAAGAACGCGAAGCGAAAAAGAAGGAAGAUGGCGAAGAUGGACCGGAUACAGGUGGUCCGCCGUCUCCAUCGCAGGAAGAUAACGGCAGUAAUACAGCCGCGCCGCAGAAAUUGGAGAAAGGCGAGAAGAAAGCGAGUAAGAUUGAUGAGAAAUUGAAAAAGGGGGAGUAUGUGCCCUGGCAUACGUGUCCGUCGUGUAAACGCAGUCUGCUUAUCACGCGGUUUGCGAAACAUUUGGAGCAAUGUAUGGGUCUGAGUGGGAGAGCGGCGAGCAGGAAUGCCAUGGCGAAGAUGAAUGGCAGUGGGAGUGGUACACCCGGUGGAUCGAGAGGUGGUACGCCUGGGCCGGGGAGUCAGGACGGUGGCGGAGGUGAGAGAGGUGAAAAGGACGGAGAUAAUGCUGGAGAGGCAGCUUCAGAGGAGGAUACGCCGAAUAAACCGCAAGGGGUGAGGAAGAAGUUGCUCAAAAAGGGCCUGAAGGAGAAAGCGAAGAAGGAGACUUCGAAUGGAAAGUUACCCAAGUCUUUGUCCAAGUCGAAUAGUAGUGCGAAUCUGAGGUCUUCGCCGGUGCCGAGUUCGGCGGGAGGGGAAAGUAAACGGGAUCGAUCGGAGUUGGGAGAGGACGAGGAGGAUGAGACGAGUUUGUUGCAUGUGAAGAAGAGGCAGAAGUUGCAAAGGGUUGGGAGUGUGGCGAGUGUGGUCAGUCAGAGUACGGUUGGUGGAGGUGGGGAUGCGAUGGAGAGGAGUGAAAGUUUAGAGGGGAGUUUGUUGGAGGAUGGAGAAGAUUGA